UUUCCACUGGAUGCACCGGCUGGCACUGACAAACACAGCUCGUGUGCGUGUGGGUAUAUAUUUUUGUGGUGCAUUGGGGCGGAGCGCAAAUUCGUGAACGGCUCAUUAAAAUCGGUAAAGUUAUAUGAAAUCGUGAAACCGUAUACCCGUGAAUGGUGUGAAACUUGUUCCGACGCCAUGUCCAACAUCGAUAUCGUCCAGCCGCUGUGGGAUCUGAGCACCUUUACCGGGCGACUGAAGCACUACUUCUGGAUAACUGACCCGCGCACAUGUUUUGCCACCGACGAUGAGCUAGAUCGUGCGAAAGAGUUGUAUUUAACGGUGAAAGCUGGCACUAUACCCCAGAAUACAACCAUCGACCAGAUACAUUAUGCGAAAAAGUUGUACGAAAGCGCCUUCCAUCCGGACAGUGGCGAGAAGCAGAAUGUGUUCGGCCGGAUGAGCUUUCAGAUGCCGGGCGGUAUGGCCAUUACGGGCGCCAUGUUGCAGUGGUACAAAACAACCACCGGUGUAGUUUUCUGGCAGUGGGUUAAUCAAUCGUUUAAUGCGCUGGUCAACUACACGAAUCGUAACGCAAACUCAGACCUCUCGACCACGCAGCUAGCGGUGGCAUACGUUUCGGCAACGACGUCAGCCCUUGUGGCUGCCGUCGGCUAUAAGGCUUACCUUCAAAAGCGGGCCACCCCACUGUUCCAGCGUUACGUUCCAUUUGUGGCGGUAGCGGCGGCCAACUGUAUCAACAUACCUCUCAUGCGCCAGAACGAACUCAUUCACGGCAUUGGGAUCGAGGACGAGAAUGGCAAUGUGGUGGGUUCGAGCAGGGUAGCCGCUGGUAAAGGCAUCGCACAGGUAAUAUUUUCUCGCAUUGCGAUGUGCGCACCGGGCAUGUUGAUAUUGCCCGUCAUCAUGGAACGAUUGGAGAAAUACCAAUCAUUCCGCCGGAUGGCCAUACUACACGCACCAUUCCAGGUUUUGGUCGUUGGUUGUUUCUUAACUGUAAUGGUACCGACGGCCUGUGCACUGUUUCCGCAGAAAGCCGAGCUAAGCACGAGCGUGAUGAAGCUGGUCGAGCCCCAGUUCUACGAGGAAAUGUGCAAGAAAACGGAUCGCAUACCUGAGCUUGUGUACUUUAACAAGGGACUGUAAAGCCUAGCAAAUUGCCGUCCCGAUGGUCCCUCACUAGCAGCCCCACACUGCAAAACAGGAAGACAUGUUUUACGCUCACUCAAACCCACGCUAGUCGACAGUGUCGAAUGCAUCGUGUGCAGUGCAGGAUACAAUAAACUAAUAAUCUCCUGGUAGAUCGUUAAAGUGGAA